GAACAAAACAGUCAUCUUCCCCUCUCUCUCAGACAUACCAUACAACAACAUAAAUUAUAUAUACACACGAGACUAUCUUUUCGUUAGUUGUACGUAGUAGUAAUCGUUACGCUACAAAAAAGAAAUGGAGAGAAAGCCUCUUGAAGUUGAGUCAAAGGAUAACCACCAGCAAAACCCUUCCUCCGCCUUGUACGGUGGCUCUGCUACGGCUGUUGAUGAAGAUGUUCUUCAUCACAAGCAAGUCGUUUUUCGAGGCUGGAAAGUCAUGCCUUUUAUUAUUGGAAAUGAGACGUUUGAGAAGCUUGGGAUCAUUGGAACACUAUCAAACCUUCUGGUUUAUUUGACUGCAGUUUUCAACAUGAAGAGUAUUACUGCUGCUACCAUCAUUAAUGCCUUUAGCGGCACUAUCAACUUCGGAACCUUCGUUGCUGCUUUUCUCUGUGACACUUACUUCGGUCGAUACAAGACUCUCAGCGUCGCCGUCAUCGCCUGUUUUCUUGGAUCGUUUGUGAUAUUAUUGACUGCUGCAGUGCCACAGCUGCAUCCAGCUCCAUGUCUGGGAACAGCUGUAGAUACCUUGUGUAACGGGCCAAGUGGAGGCCAGAUAGCCUUUCUACUGAUGGGUCUCGGGUUCCUUGUUGUGGGAGCUGGUGGGAUUAGACCGUGUAAUUUAGCUUUCGGUGCUGACCAGUUUAACCCCAAAAGCGAAUCAGGGAAAAGAGGCAUUGACAGUUUCUUCAAUUGGUAUUUCUUUACCUUCACUUUCGCGCAGAUCUUGUCGCUGACUCUCGUAGUCUACAUUCAGUCUAAUGUAAGUUGGACGAUCGGUUUAACCAUCCCGGCAGUUCUUAUGUUCUUGGCCUGCUUGAUCUUCUUUGCGGGCGAUAAGUUGUAUGUAAAAAUCAAAGCCUCGGGUAGUCCUUUGGCCAGUAUAGCUCAAGUUAUAGCGGUUGCGAUCAAGAAACGUGGAGUAAAGCCCGUGCAACAGCCUUGGCUUAACCUUUACAAUUACUACCCACCAAAAUACGCAAACUCCAAGCUCAAAUACACUGACCAGUUCAGAUUUCUCGAUAAAGCGGCCAUCAUGACUCCUAAAGACAAGUUGGAGCUAGAUGGUAAGCCUGCUGACCCGUGGAAGCUCUGUACAAUGCAACAAGUAGAAGAAGUGAAGUGCAUUGUGAGAGUGCUUCCUAUAUGGUUUGCUUCAUCAAUUUACUACUUAACCAUAACUCAACAAAUGACUUAUCCCGUCUUCCAAGCCCUCCAGAGCGACCGUCGAUUAGGAUCAGGAGGAUUUGUGAUUCCUGCAGCCACCUACGUGGUUUUCUUGAUGACGGGAAUGACAAUCUUCAUUGUAGUCUACGACCGUUUACUCGUGCCUACCAUGAGAAGAAUUACUGGUCUAGACACCGGGAUAACGCUCUUGCAGAGAAUCGGAACUGGCAUUUUCUUCGCUACUGCAAGUUUAAUAGUCUCGGGAUUUGUUGAGGAAAGAAGGAGAACAUUCGCUCUGACUAAACCCACACUUGGUAUGGCGCCACGAAAAGGAGAAAUCUCUUCAAUGUCAGCUAUGUGGCUGAUUCCGCAGCUCUCACUGGCGGGUAUAGCCGAGGCAUUUGCAGCAAUUGGACAAAUGGAGUUUUACUACAAGCAGUUUCCCGAAAACAUGAGAAGUUUCGCAGGAUCCAUAUUUUAUGUUGGAGGAGGAGUUUCGAGUUACCUCGGUAGCUUCUUGAUUGCAACAGUUCACAGGAUGACGCAAACCUCGUCUGGGGGUAACUGGUUAGCUGAGGAUCUGAACAAAGGAAGAUUGGAUCUCUUCUAUUUCAUGAUCGCUGGUUUGCUGGCAGUAAAUUUUGUCUACUUCUUGGUGAUGUCAAGAUGGUAUAGGUACAAAGGAAGUGAUGAUGAAAUGACAACAUAUGAAACCAAUGAAGAUAUCAUCAAACAGCAAGACAAGAACGUUGCCUGAUAGAUUGUGGGUUUCUCAUCUUCUGGAAGCUGUUAAGACUUCGUUUUUGGUCAGCUUCAAUCCCCUUACAAUUUCUUUGGAUUUUCUUGCAAUAAGCCAUAGAGAAAUGAAGUAAUCAUAUAUAGUUGUUCUUGCUU